AUGCGCUUGAUACAUCACUUUACUACAUCAACGUGUCAGACUUUGGCUUCUACGCGUGAGCUGCUCGCCCUAUGGCGGUUUCAGGUUCCGAAAGUUGCGUUUGAACACCAAUUUCUCCUUCAGAUGAUACUUGCCAUCUCCGCCCUACACACUCAUCGCGAGGCCCAAUCAGAAGGCCAAUCAAGUCUAGCGUACGCUCACCAGGUCUACUACAUGUCCCUGGAACAAUCUUUCCCGGCUCUAUCGCAAAUUUCUUGCUCGAACUGCGAAGCAUUAUACGCCUUCGCUCUGCUUGCCUUGGCUUUCGAACUUGGUACGCUACAUACUCGCACGAGUCUACUCUUUAACUCCGAUGGCUCUUUGGCCAACUGGAUCUCCCAUACUCGUGGCAUCCGCACAAUCCUCGGUUCGUCCUGGCAUGAUCUCGCCUCGGGCGUUUUUAAGCCGAUGAUUCAGUGUACUUUCCUCGAGACCAGCCCGGCAAAUAUAGAGUCCCGUUUGGAGGAGCUCAUACGCUAUAUUGAAGAAGAAUGCUCCACAAGCGCAGCCCACGUCUAUGCAAAGACUGUAUCUGAGCUCAUACGGUGGUCAAAAUUAACGGGUCAUGGAUUCUACGGCUGGCUAAGUCAUUUCUCAGAUGACUACGGUGAGUGCCUUGCCAGGAAGGACCCCUAUGCAUUGGUCAUCUUCGGGUAUGCUUCUGUCAAUCUCAAAUACGAAGAACCUGCAUACUGGGUCCGCGGUUGCGCCGAAAGACUGUUACGUGAGACAUAUGAGCACCUGAACACCUCAAUGAGGACCUGGCUUCAUUGGCCCAUGUCAGAGUUUGGAUUGGCUUGGUGA